CACGCGUCGUGAUCAAUAUGUCCACGUGACCCAUCGUCAAGUCGCGACACUCGCGUAAUUGCAAAUGCAAAAUGUCCAGAAACGCUGUGUUACAAUGAAAUCAUAAAUAUUUUUGGUUUAUUCAUAGUGUUAUAGUUAAAAAUGCCUGCGUCAAUUGGUGUUAACUUGCGUGUGACGGGCCAUUGUAGCCAAGGCGGGAGAAAGUAUAUGGAAGAUUUGUUUUCCGUUGCGUAUCAACAAACGGAAGAUGAGAGGGAUUUGGAGUACGCUUUCUUCGGGAUUUACGAUGGGCACGGCGGUAGCGAGGCUGCUGCCUUUGCCAAGGAGCACUUGAUGGACUCAAUUGUGAAGCAGCGUCAGUUUUGGUCGGACAACGAUGAGGAUGUGCUGAAAGCAAUCAGAAAUGGUUACAUGUUGACCCACUUGAACAUGUGGAAAGAAUUAGAAAAAUGGCCGAAGACAGUGACAGGUCUACCCAGUACCGCUGGUACCACUGCAAGUGUGGCGUUCAUCCGACGUGGGAAGAUAUACAUUGGCCAUGUCGGAGACUCCGCCAUAGUGCUUGGCUACCAAAAGGAAGGUUCCGAAGAAUGGGCAGCCAAACCACUCACAUCAGAUCACAAGCCUGAAUCAACGGCAGAAAUUGAACGUAUUCAGCGUUGUGGAGGCAAAGUGGUCUCAAAAGCUGGUGUUCCACGAGUUGUGUGGAAUCGGCCUCGUCUCGGACACAAAGGGCCAAUUAAGAAGAACACUUUGAUGGAUGAGAUCCCAUUCCUGGCGGUUGCAAGGUCACUGGGAGAUCUAUGGAGUUAUAACCCCCAGAAUGAUGAGUUUAUUGUCAGUCCUGACCCAGAUGUUGGUGUGUUAACAAUAGACCCAACUAAAUUCCGGUGUCUAAUAUUCGGUACGGACGGUCUGUGGAACAUGAUAUCUCCUGAAGGCGCAGUCAGCUUGGUGCAAGCCACAGAGCGUCACAACGAAGCGGCGCUGGUUGGAGGCGGCAGCACACAACCGAGAGACUGGCUCAACCCCUCCAAGAGCCUUGUGGACCAUGCUUUAGAGAGAUGGUCAAAUACUCGUAUGCGAGCUGACAACACGUCUGUGGUGACCCUGAUGCUGGACCCGCCGGGCCCGCCGCGCGCCACCGUGCUGCGGUCCCGCACCACGCAGCGGCCGCAGCAGCCGGCCGGCGCCGCCGCGCCUGCAGCGCCCGGGGGGGCCGCCCCCGCCGGCGCCGACCACAAGCCCAACCCCCCGGCCGACGCCGAGCACCGCCCCGUCCCGCAGAACGGCCUAACCAUCAUGACUCGCUACUCCGAUGUCGACAAGCCCGCCGCAUCCGCCGACGUUCCCGACAAGACCCCACUGCCCCCCUGCGACACCAUCAACGGGCGCUUCUCCGUCGCCCCGCAAGAGAAGAAGGAACACGAGAACGAGGACAACGAGACGAUGACCAACUACGGCAACCCGGCCGAGUCCUACUUCAUGGCGCGACUCCUCAACAGGUCUCGCGUCGUCAACACGCUCUCGGAGGUGUACGACGAGAUCGUCAACGGGAAAACGUCGAGGACCGAGACGGAGGCGCGCGAGACGUCACCGCUCGCGACCGCCGUGCCCGAGGCCGGCGACGCCGAGCCCCACGCGGCGCCCGACAAGGAGACCGCCGUCGAGGCGGCCGGCAGGACGGUCGCCGACGCGGACCACCCCGACAGGGACGACGGGGGCAUACAGAUCAACGAGGUGUCGUCGAGUUCCCCGACGGAGGGCCCGCCCCGGCCGCGCGGCCGCCGCCCCAAGGCCGAGUCCAAGCGCGAGGUGCCCGCGCCCCACGACCGCGUGCUGCGCUCGCACCAGGACGCCGAGCCGCCGCCGCCGCCGCGGCCGCACACCCGCCAGACGGCCGGGCGGGGCCGCGCCGCGCCGCCGCCGCCCGCGGCCGCGCUGGAGCGCGUGGUGAUCCUGUCGCGGCGCGCGGCCGCCGCGCCCGCCGAGCCGCUGGUGCGCGUGGAGCGGCCCACCGUGCGCCGCGCCGCGCCGCCGCCGCCCGCCGAGCCGGCGCUGGCGCCCGCCAGCCCCGAGCGCGCGCGCGCCACGCGCUCGUCGGCCGCCGCGCCGGCGCCGGCCGCGGGCCGCGCGGCGCCCAGCGCGCGCGCGGGAAACUGUGCGCGCGCCCCGGGAGCGGCGCGGCGGCCGGCCCCGGCGGCGCGGCGCGAGCCCGGCAGCCGCGGCUCGAAGGAGAACCUCGGGGCCGCGCGCCGCCGGGCCCGCGCGCGCGCCGCGCCCGGCGCGGGCCCGCGGCCGCGCCGCGCCGGUAGCGAGCCCGAGGUGCACUCCACAACGCUGGACGCGCCCGCCUGCCGCGUGGCGCCGCCGCCGCCGCCGCCGCCCGAGCGGCCGCGCGCGCUGCGCUCGCGCAACGACGCGGAGGCGCCGCCCCUGGCCGGCGGCAAGCGCGGCCGCGAGGACGCGGCGCCGGCGCCGACGGCCAAGGCCCCGAAGCUGGCGGCCGAGCGCUGCGCCCGCGCCCUGGGCAAGCGCGCCUCGGGCCCGUGGGCGCCGGCGCUCGCGCUGCGCAACCGUUUGCGCAAGAGACUCGCCAAGUAGCGAUCGCUUCUAGUUUAGUGUAAAAUUAUGGUUACCUGUGAGUGUGCGGGGAUAACGGUGCCUUCUAGUACUGCCAAAGUACUUUUUGACGUUUCAUAUUCUAUUCCGCGAGCCGCGCCCGGCCUCGAUAUGUACGAGAUCCAAAGAUGACUGCGUUGUAUACGGUUGAAUUUCUGUUGUUGUUUAUUUUUAUCUCAUUGCUGGACUCUAGUUGUAGUGACUCCGGUUUGGUUUCGUGACUCGUAUCGUUAGGUAUUCUCCACUCCGAUAGACUCUAUCGUAUUCCGUGUAUGAUGUACGCUAUAUACAGGUAUGCACGGCCGUACAGGACCCUCGGUCACAGUUGACGGUAAACAAUAGUACAAAGGAGUAUAUUGAAUAUAUUAAACGUAAGGUUAACUUGUGGACCAGCGGAUUGAAUUAGCCCAGAUAGAUAUUUAUUUUUAUCUAUAUAUUUAUAGCUAUCAAAAUAUUGCAUUUAACUGUAGGCAGAUUAUGGGAAUUUGAUUUUCAGAGGCUACAUUAUAACAUUCAGAGGAAUAUUCUUAUAGCUGUGACCUGACAUGUCACUCGGGGCUGACAUUUGGAGAUCUGGUCGAGAUGUAAAUUAUACUUGUACAUUAUACCAAGAGUGCUUUUAUCAAAUAAUAUAAAUUAAGAGUGCUAAUCGUAAAUUAAAAUUUACACAAAUUACUUUCGCGUGAUUGUUUGAACUUAACAAAAUCGCGUGGUUUUUUUUAUAUUGCAAUUCGUUUUUUGAAUAUGUGCAAAAUCGUACUUUUUCUAUGCAAUUAUAGAUGUUACUUAUCAGAGUUAUUCUUUUCGGAAAAGAAUUAUGUUUAGUACUUCCUCUAAAGUUUUAUAAAAUAGUUAAAGGAAAUUUAUACCUACAUUUUUAUAUCGGAUAUACCACGGCUACAUAAAUACACUCUUAGUUGUCAUCUGAAACAUAUCUGCUCAUUUAUAAAUAUUGUUAAAUGUGAGCUAGAGCUAUAAUAGUUACUUGUCACAAGCACUGAAAAAGACAAUUAUAUUAUAGUGCAUAUUUAAUGUGUCCAUCUACCCUAUAUCAAGGUGAAUUGGAUGAAAAAUCGAUUGGGAAGAUAUCAAGUUAUCACAACUUAAAUAAACGUUGAAGUUUUCUACAUAAGCCUAGAAAUAUAAAUGUCACAUUGUUGUAUUUUACAGACCAUCAGACUAAUCGUAUGAAGCGGAAGUUCUGCGUGAUGUAAUUAUCAACAGUCUAAAUCAUAACUUUCUUUGGAGGGAAAUCACAAUUUUCAAUCAUCAUUAUUGACUCUUGUCAGUUGGUCUUCGAUUUGCUGUUCAACUUAUCCGCACAAUUUCAAUUUCGUGCGAUAUUAAAGGUCUAUCAGACUCGUAAUAUAAUGGCCCCGAUUCCUGCAGACACCUACUAAUUUUACUUUAAGUUAUACCUGUCAUUUUCUUAUCCGCCGAAAAGGAAAAGGACGGAUGAUUGACAGCUCUUAAUUUUAGGAAGAAUGAGUAAAUGAAUGAAUAACCCGGGCGAAUCAAAAAGGUAUCUCGGUGGUAUGCAAACCGUUUGACGUGUGCUGUCAACUGAAUUCUGUCGGGCUAUUAGCCAACGCAAUUUUUAUAGGGUUUUAGAUUUGUGCUUCAAAUUGGCGUGUGUUCCAUAACUUUUAUGCUUGUCGAUUACCCAUCCCUUUCCUUUUCGGCGGAUAAGAAAAUGACAGGUAUAACUUAAAAUAAAAUUAGAUGGUGUUUACAGGAAUUAGCACCACUAUGAGACCUAUUUCUAGGCAGUACUAACUACCCCAAUUCGAUUGUUCAUCCAUUUCCACCGUUUCCAACUAGCCUUAAACUAUGUUAAACAUUUAUGAGAAUAAUUGUGAUGACGAAACCAUUGAUAUUUUAAAACCAAAAAGGUUUUUGUGUUACUUCAAAUUUGUUGUUCUGUAUAAAUAACGUUUUAAUAUUAUGAAAAACACACCACGGAUGGAACAUAUGUGCCUAAGAAUGGACUGGAAAUAAUAUGUUGUAUUUAUUUUACAGUCCUUGUAUGUAGUAAAAUUCCACCUUCUGAUAAUCAAUUUGUCUUAAUGUGCUCUCCUGUGUACAACACACUGUUGAAUAAAUAAAUAGAUAAAGAUUAGUGGCAAUAUAAACUUAAUUUUGACUACCAAGUCACAAAUGUUAAUGUUUUUCAAUAUUGUAAGUUAUCAUUGUUUAAAAUCAAUUACUCCUAGGUAUAAAAUGAAAAUUCGGAAUUGUUUAGCGUAUUUUUUGUGCAAUAAAAAUGUAAUUGAUAAUUGUAUAAAGUGUUAGCAAAUGUUUUAAGGUGGCCAUCCGUGGGACAACUGGAGUAAAACCUAUUUGUAAUAACAAUGUGCCUCAAACGUUACCGAUCUAACAACAAACAUAGUAAGGUGUUCUUUGAUAAAUGAAAUAUGUAUUUUUAUUAAGAGAAAAUAAAUUUUAUGCUGUAAUUUAGAUGUAAAAGAGAAUUUUAAUAUAAUUUGUUAAGCUUAUUAUGUAAAGAAUUGAUAUAAUUUAACGAGUCUGUCGCUUAUACCUUUUAGGGCUCGAAUUUCUACUUAAAAUGUAUUUCGGUUAAUUAUUUCUUCCAGUGAAGUUGUGUUUAUGACCACGCGGUACAUAUUACACUGAUUAUUCUAUUUGAAUACAUUUUUGUUUAAGUUGAAGUAUGUUUCUGAUAGUCCUUUGUAUCUUUAAACUUGAACACACAACACUGCGAAUCUUAGUAUCGAUCAUUUAUAACAUAACAUAAAUAGCCUAAUAAGUGCCACUGCUGGGCACAGACCUCCCCUCAUUCAUCAGAGGGAAUAGGUAUGUGGAGCGUACUUCACCACGCUGCUCCACUGCGGGUUGGUGGAGGUGAUUUUUGCGGCUAGUAGCUGACGUCAUUUUACUUGUAUCUUUAAACUUUCUAAAUGACACUUCCGAGAAAAUAAUUUAAACCCUUACAGUAAAUAAUUUAAAACCUUUUCAGUUGACAGGGCCAAUAAUGUUUGAUGUAAGUGACAGAUCUGUUAGAUAUUGUAAAACAAAUCCCUUGGAUAGGAAAACACCAUGAUUUUGUAGCUCAAUUAGAUAGAGCGUUGCUAAAAACAUUAUUCUGUUCGUCGUUUGUCUGUGAACUGAACAAUAAAAGAUAUAAAACCUAUUGAAGAGGUGAUUUUUUAAAAAUAAAUACUUUUAUAACAAUUUCCUUGAAAAAUAUUUUUAAUCUACUGAUAUUUAAGUUGUAAACUAUAAAAAUAACGCUAUUUAGUAGAGUACGUGUCACGAAAGAAGUCCCGCGGAUUUCCAUGGAACUAAAUGACAAAUCAUAAUAAUUCUAUUCAGAUACUGCGACGCUAACGCCGCGACCGCGGGACUUCUUUCAUGGCGCGGACUCUAUGUGGUGUUUCCCUAUCCAGGGGUAAAACUGGGUGAACUGCCUUGAAGGAAUAUAAAUACGGUGGUUAUGGCAACAAUUGCUAAAGGUUGAGAAUUUGAGAAGCUAAAACAAAUAUUAACUAUAAUAUUAAAGUAAAAGGAUUAUUGUAGAUUUUAUUUUUUGAUUUAAAUAAAGUUUGUAUGAAAUAGAAA